AUGGCUCACAUCAAGCAAGAUCCGGAUCGCCCGUACAUCAAACAAGACCCCGACAGCAAAGACGCCGUUCUUGCAGACAUAGACGAGGAGGACCUGUACGAAGAUGCUGGAGAUCUAGACUUCACGCAAGCUGGGCAAAAUGUGUGGCUCUCGCGUCUACCUCGGCAGCUAUGGGAGCACUGGGCCCACCUGGACGACGACGAAGAGAUUGAGAUUGGCACGAUGAGAGUGGAGGGGACACCGGACGAUCUCAAGCGGGUCAGCUUGCGCCUACAUGAACGCCCCGAUAAUCGAGAUAUUCCGAAGGACUACACACUCCAGCGCCAGACGAUCGACCCAUCAGGCACCGGAUCGCACCUCACUCACAAUACCUACAUUUUCACCGAAAAAGAUAUCCCGGGCGUUGAGAAUCGCAUGGCUACGUUUGGCGAAACGCGCUCGGUGCUGUACGAAUCUCAGAAACGUGAAGCGAAGCGGCGAGAACAGGGCAAGAGGUGGGAGCCCUAUGUACGAAAGACGAUACCAAAACACACUGCCCUCGCCGGCGCGGUCAGUGAAGAGUUCAAUUGCCUUCCUGUAGAGAAUGAAGAAUUCCGACGGAUCUCGGAGAAGCGGGCACUGGAAGCUCUGAAGCCCCGAAAGGAAACUGUCUUUAUUGAUAAGAUUCCUGGCAAGAUUAUCCAGGCGCGCCAUGCUCUCCCCAGCGAGAAGGGCCAGUUCGUGCAAGCAACACGACCGACCAAGGGGAAAGCACAAGAGAACAAGUCCACCCGUAUGCCGCAGAACGAGCUUCUGGAUCUUAUUUUCCAGUGCUUCCGCGAGUUCAAAUACUGGCCUUUUAAGACGCUCAAGGCUAGGUUGGCACAGCCCGAGGCCUACCUUAAGCAGACUCUGGAGAUGGUCGCUCACCUUGUCAAAGCGGGUGACUUUGCUAUGACCUGGGAGUUGAAGCCUGAGGCGACGCACAGUCAGUACUCGAAUGCGAUGGAGAAUGCCAAGGCGGAGUUACCCCCAGGGGCCGACGAUGCUUUUGAAUCAGAGGAUGAUCCUGCGUCUGGAAUGAUGACAGAUCAAGACGACGUUCAAUUCGAGAACGUUUGA